AUGGCAUCGUCGGCAUCCACAGCUGCCUUUGCUGCAGUCCCCACAUCAGACCCAGCAGACAACCAGCCAAUCACCACCAAACCACGGCGGAAACUCACCUUGUCAGACAAAAUUGAAAUCCUCAUCGACCGUACCAGCUCCAAACUGGGUCCCAUUCUCAUCACCAUCGCUUUCCUUCUCCUCUCGCUGACUAUCAGCUGUUACUUUACAGUCUACAUUCCUUUCCACUACCAAUGGAACGAAGGUGAGGGGUUUCAGGGGAACACGGGAUACAUCGUGACGAUGGUCUGGUCGCUGUAUCUCGUCUGGGGUAUCGUUGCCAACUACUACUACGCAGUGACCACAUCCCCCGGCUCUGUUCUUGAUGGUCUUGCAGCCGAGAAUGUACGUUACUUGAACGCAUAA